UCAUUAGUGUUUUAAUUCCAAUAUUCAAUAUAAUGAAAAUAUGUAACAAAUGGGGUUGUUUUAUCCAAUCACCUGUGUGUUGAUACUGUCCUGAAAGAUAUAUCAACAUUUUAAGAAUAUGUCAGUUCAUUUUUUAUUUUCAACAGGAAGAAGUUAAAGACAAUGGCAAUAUCCCAAAAUGAACCAGUUCCUAUUCUGAGAGAAUGGGCUCCUCUUACAGAAUUACUCAACAAAUUGCCAUUAAAAAUCCAGAAUGGUAUAUUUUUUCAAGAAGUCAAACUUUCAUGUGUGGAUAUUUUGCCAGAAUACAUAGCACUAGGCACAAAUGUAGGAAUUGUUUACUGGUAUGAUAGGAGAAAAAAGGAUUUACAGAGGCUGCGGUGUGAACACAACAUUCCAAUAACUGCCUUGAAAAUAUUAUCAACAGUAGAUUAUAUGGUGGCUUGUGGCAACAAGUCAGGAAAUAUCAGUAUAUUCCAAAUUCCUAAAUCUCAUUCUGAAUCUAUACCAGAAAGUCUGAGACCUAAAAACAAACAAGUUGAAAGGUAUACUGUGAUGGAACUUCACAAAGCCCCUAUUAGUGCCAUAGAGUGGUCAAAAAAUGGUAUGAACCUUUUUUCUGGGGAUAAAAAUGGGUGUAUAGUUUCAACAGAAAUAGAUUUUUACAUGCAUAUCUGCAAAUCUAUCGAAAUUUUGAAUGAAAGUUACGAAGUUGUUCAGCUAAGCUACAAGAAACAACAACUUCUGGUUUCCACAACUUAUCGAAGCAUAAUUUGCAAAAAAAUUGAAAAAUGGAAGGUUUGUCAAGUGGGAAAAAAGGACAGAAAAGUGCUUGGUAGUUUUGGUGGUAUAAUUUUUCAAGACAGCUGCAAACCAUUAGAUACAUUUCUUUAUUGUACAAGACCAGGACUGAGAAUGUGGAUAUCUGAUAUUGAAGGAAAUGUUGAGAAAACUUUACUUUUCAAAGAACUUCUUACAAAAGAAUGCCCUGAAGUGCCAUUAUUAAAUCCUCUCUCAAAAAAUUUACGUUCUCUAAAGCCACAAAGGGAUGCCGCUUUUGGAAUUUUAUUACCUUUCAAUGAGAGGUUGCUUUUAACUUAUAAUAACGAUGUUGUGUACAUACUAGAUCCCCAAGAAAUGACGAUUUUAUCUACAAUAUCUCAACUUAGGAGCGUUUUAACUGUAGCUACCCAUAAAGAUGAAAUAUUCAUUCUGGAAGAAGAUCACAGUUUGAUAAGGAUUUCCUAUAGACCUGAGUCUUUCAAUGAGAACUUUAUAUCCUUUGAAAACAAAUCAUACCUUCCUCUAAGUUCUUCUAUAAAAGAGCUGACAACAAAAUUACAAUCUACCAGUAUUAUCUCUGCCAUACCUCCAGUUAUGGAACCUAGCUUUUGCAGUGACGUUAAUAUUCAUAUGGAUGAAGUAAUGGUGGUGAAUGCAGAAGAGGCUAGAGAAUCUCCAGUAAAACUUCAAAGCAAUGAUCCAGACACUAAGAAAAGGUUUGAUGAAAUCGGAAAGCAAGAAUUCGAAGAAGAAAUCCUAUUCAAAAAAAGUAAGAAACGAAAGAAACGAUCUAAUAUGACUUUUAGCAGCAGUAGUUUGAGUUCAAAUAGUUCUGAGGAGAAAGCUACAAGUUUCACAAGACCUACCAUAAUGAAUUUAAGUGCAGUAGGAGCUUUACCUGAUAUGAGGAGUCCGGAGUCAAUUAAGUAUGACAUUGAAUAUAAAGAGAAAAUUUUAGCUGACGUUUUGAAUCUAGAUAGGGUGAUCAUCGGUAAAAGUGAUAUUAACAAAGAUAAACUAGAUUGUGAUAAAACUAAAAAGAAUAAUGAAAGUAAUUUUGAAAAGAAAAGUAUUAGUGAGAAUGUCUCUAAUCAAGAAUUCCAAAAUGAAACAAGUUCGUUAAGUGUUGACAAAAAACCAAAGGAGGAAAUACUUCUAGAAACAAAGAAAAAAUGUGGGGCAACAAUUGAGCAUUCCAGUAAUGUAUCUUUCACAAAAUUAAAGGAAGAUCUAACUUACAAAAAACCUAAUGAUGAUGUCAAAAACAAAAAUCAAGGUGAUAAAACCCCAGAAAAUAGAAGCACAAAGGAUGACCAAACUGUAAAAGGGGCUGAAUUUGUUGUAAAAUCUCAUACAGAGCCAAAGACAUCUAAUGAUACGCCAGAAUGUAUGAGUAUUCCAAACGAGUGGAGAUUGUCCGACAUUCAAGUGAGAGAAAGAACAAUCAGUGUCUUGUCUGAUAAUUCCCUAAGUGACUGGGAAAUAGUUUAAAAAAUGUUUAUAUCUCCAUUUUGUUUGCUAGUCACAAAUGUGUUAGUUAUGUUGAUAUUAUUUUAUUGCCAGCUUUUGAAAUGGUAUGUACUUGUUGCACAAAUAAAUGGAUUUCAUUACUUUUUUAAAUGUUCAAUAUAUAUCUGAUUUUCUUGCU